ACAAUCAUCUCUUUGAUAAUAUCUAAAUAGCACCUGGAUAUAUUUUUGUUGUUUUUAAGGUGGGAGUUUCCUACAGUUUAAUGGAUUGGUUGAUAAUGUGACUAGACAGACAGACAGACCUAGUGCGAGGUGAGUCCAAGAGCGACUACUGGGUCUCGGGUUCAAUUCCCGAGUCGGACCGAUUUCGCUUUGCGGGUUCUAAGAAUCUUUCAUAAAGCAGCCCUGAGUCUGGCUGGAAGUUGCUUUUUACCAUUUUUAGACACCAGUGCCUCGCAGAGCACGUAAAAGUCGGGAAAUAAACCCAAAUCUGCACGAAUUGAAGAACUUGCUAAACUUGUCAAUGAACCUGUUAAGGCUUAUCAACUACAGUUUCAAUCAUGUUAUAAGUAAACAAAUAAAACAAGUAAGCGGCGCUGCUAACUCAGGCCGCUCAAUCGCAAGCAUUGGAAACACCUGAGAGACCCAAUCAAGUUCGCUCUAGUGGUGGGCACGCAGUGGGCUUCGUACGUCCGUCGCACCACUCCGUCACCGUCCGACCGGAAUGGCGUACAUGCGCGUGCGAUCGCUCUUCGUUCUAACUUUGUUACAACUAUGCCGAGCUGAAAUAUCGGACUCCUUACCAGAAUCGUGGUAUUCGGCAAACGUGAUCAAUGAUGGCUUCCAACCUAAACCGAUUACGGAGAUAUUCUCAACUGAAUCACCGUUUUCUACUACAAACCCGAUAGUCGUUUUGCCGAAAGAAUCCAGUUCCGUGCCGGACGAGAUCUUGUUGUUAUCAACAUUACCACCUCCGAGGAAGAUAUCAACCACAGGGUCAUCAUCUGCAUCAGUAGUAACAAUACCAUCUUCGACACCACUUCCACCAUCUGUACACACGUUACCACCGUCGUCAGUGCAAACGUCAGCUCCAACUACAUUCCCAACGACACCUUACCAACCGGCGCAACCUGAACUAAUCACUCAGUUUACUGAACAAACCCAACCACCAUCAGAACCAGCGUUCUCAAUACAACCGGAGAUCCAGCAAACACCUGAACCGCAGCAACCAUCUGGACCCCCGCUAACUCAGUCGCAACAAAUACGAUUUGAACUGGUGCCAGGCCAGAGCCUCCCUGAUCAGCCGUCUACACAGCGACAACAAUUACAAACAUCUACAUUAUCACCUCUAUCUAACUACUUCUUGAUCUACCAACAAGCGCCACAAUCCAUUCAAGGAAUUCCAGGACAGUUUGGAACGUCACAAGAAGUACCGCAAACUAGUACAGUCGGGCAAGUGCCUACUACGAGAACACCAGCGACAGUGUUCAUUCAACCAGCUCCCACUGUUUCUCCUCCGUCGACUCGCACGGCACCUCCAACAUCAACAACUUCGGUGCCAUCAACAGCUCGAGUUCAAACGACUACCAGAACCACCAACUGCCAAAAUCUAACAAACACACCUCAAUCUCCACUCUACCCUCUAAGAAUUCGGGUGGUGGCUCCCAGUGGUUCUAUAACAAAUGUGAACUUCAACACUCCUGGAAGAACUACGACCACGAGACGACCAACGACGACCAGGACCCGUAGAACAAGUAGACCUAGGAAGAAUAAUUAUGAGACGUGUACGGACGGAUGCAGAGGUAGAAGGGAGCCGAUAUGCGCAGCUCCGUUGGCGAGCGGUUUCUUGGAUCCGAACACUUUAAAGGGCUUCCCAUCUGUCUGUCAUAUGGCCUGCCAUAACUCCUAUAGAAAGGAUCCAUAUGAGAAGGUUCUAGACGGUCGCUGCGGGCGGCUGCGCACACGAAUCAGGACGGUUGACUCCAACACAAAGCUCACCAGAGAAGAACUGAACAAGGCACAAUACAUCAUUGACAACAGUGGAACUAAAACCAUCGUAGAAUUCUCAGGUUUACCCCAAUAAUGGGUCAAGUUUUUGUAUAGACUUUAGAAAACCAAUUCACGUACGGCAGAGGAAAUGGCGUUGCGAAAAAAAAAACAUGUCAUGCCAGAGAGCUGGCGUCAAAACGUCAACAUUUUAAUGAAAAGAGCCUUUUUUUAGGUUUUUUACGACUUUUAACCACGAGUGAAAAUAAUACAAUUGUGCCAGAAUGUACUCAAACACUUUAUAUUUAAGUCGUUAUCGAACGAUUUAUGUAGAAAAUAAAAUGCUCUAAACUAUUCAUUGUCGAUAAGUGUCGAUAUACUGAGAUAAUGUAGGAGUAAGAGAGUUGAACUGAUUUUAUAAUUAUUGCAAAUAUCUUAUAGUCUAUGCUCCACUGGGCUCACCUAUCAACUUUGUACGUUUGUCUUUAACUUAACGGUAAAGAUAUUAGAAGUAGGCUCCAUUUAUGUUGGUAUAAUGAGUUAUUUUUAGUGAAAGAUGAAAGUUCGUGUAUGAGUUUGGGAAAUGAACAGUCGAUCUUUGCCGCCUGACAUAAUUUCUGAUAGACUUUAUUUAAUUUUCUUGUAAAAUCUUUAGCUGAUAAAUCUACUUUACUUUUUAUUCCGUCCAUAGAGAUGUACAUAUUUGAUAUCUUAUGAUAUUUUUUAAUAAAUAUUUUUUUAAAGUAA